AAAAAUAAUAUGUGUGAGACACACACACACACAGACACACACACAGUUUAUAUUGUUAGAGGCUCAUAUCGGGGCUGAGUCUGAUCAUUCUUCAGGGGCAGAUGGAUCAGGGCACGGAUCGACUCCUCUGAACGGAAUAUCUCGGCUCUGUUGGCUCAGGCGACAGUACGGGGGCUGUGCAUGUAUGGCUGAUGGACAGUCGUCUGAACCAAUCACAGGACAAUGCUGGCACGAAGCCGUUUCAUGCUGGUGCUGGUGGUGGGUGCACUGCUGGCGGUGCUGAGUUUCAGCCUGCAGUAUUUGCACCUCAUUCCAACCAAUCCGGUGGCAGAGCAAAUGUCACUUGGUAAAAGCAGAAAGCGUGUGAAUCCGGUCCUCCACACGGAUGCUCCUGCUCCAGAUCCCAUCCGAGACUCUCACCGGUACUGCAAUUACCCCAACCUUACCGAGCACAGCUGGGAGGGUCACAGUCCGGCUGACUACAGGCUGCUGUCGGUACAUGUGAUGAUCCGACAUGGAGACCGUUUCCCUCUGUACUCCAUCCCCAAAACCAAGAAGCCUGCCAUUGACUGCGUCCUAUCAGACAAGAGAAAGCCCUCUCACCCCCUCUUGGCCUCCUUCAUUAGUCACAUGGCUCUCGGUGGGCGUGGUCACUGGGACGCAUCACUGGGAUCUCUGCCCCGAUUACCCAAUCACAGCACCUGUGAAAUGGGAGAGCUUACACAGACAGGAGUCGUGCAGCACUUGAAAAACGGCGAUCAUCUUCGCCAGGCCUACAUCAAGCGUCACAAUCUGCUCACUGCUGAUUGGUCACCACGGCAGUUGUGGGUGGAGACUACAGGUAAAAGCCGCACCCUACAGAGUGGAUUGGCCUUCCUCUUUGGCUUCCUGCCACGUUUCGAUUGGUCACGGCUGACGGUAAGACAGCAGUGGAGUACGCUGUUCUGCGGUUCCUUGUGCGACUGUCCCGCGCGGAACCGGUUCCUGGAGCAGGAGCAGCGCAGGCAGUAUCGGCAGAGGACUGCAGACACAGAACUGGAGCGCACAUACGUCACAAUGGCGAAGACGCUGGGCGUGGCCACAAAAAUUCUGAGGGCGGCCAAUCCGGUGGAUGCAUUGUUGUGUCACUUUUGUCAUGGUCUUGCUUUCCCAUGCACUAGCACACGGACUACAUCAAACGCUCCGGAUGAGGGGGCGUGUCUUACACUGCAGCACUUUGCUGUGAUUCGACGGCAGCAGAAAGAUGAUGAACUGGAGCGGCGGGAGGCGGGGCUUUACCGCCGAUAUGCUGUGCUCGCGGCACAUCCGUACUUAAACCGUACUGCAACACGGAUGGAGAGGAUUGUCAGAGCAAGCCAAACACGCAGAGGAACGGAAGAGGUGGUCUUCGCUUUAGCAUCUGCUCACGACGUAACAAUGGCCCCGGUGCUGUGUGCGCUUGGUCUGGAAAGGGCCGGAUUUCCAAAGUUUGCAGCGAGGCUGGUGUUUGAGCUGUGGAACGGACCAGAAGCGAAAGACAAUGAGAGAAAGAGUGAUAGAAAACGAGGACAGUGGAUGAAGAACAUGUUCAUCCGUGUUCUCUAUAACGGAGAGGACUUGACCUUUGACACAGCCUUCUGCCGUGAACACAAUCGACACUCUGCUCAGUCGCUAUGCCCUCUGGGUAAUUUCAUGUCGUUUGUGAGAAAUGAUAUGUUUAAUAUUGUCAACGCGACCAGUUACCAGCAGGCCUGCCACCAAACUGUCCUGUAAUAUGUGAACGUGAAUGAGGGAACGGCAAGGAAAGAUGAGGAAGAGGUAUGGUUACCUAAAUAUUCUGUACAAAUCUGUCAUCCUUCAAGUCCUUCCAAAACGAUAUGACUUUUAGUGGAAUGCAAAUAACACUUUUGAUAAAUAUUCAAUGAAUGCAAAACUUUCAAGCUCAAAAAAGCAAGUAAGUUCCCUAAAAGUCCGUACGACUUCUGCACUAUAUUCUAAUGAGUUCGCAGUUCGCUUGUUACUGAAUGCACUCGUUGUGC